AUCAGGAGAAUUUCGGAUGGGUGGCCAGGAGCAUUUCUACAUGGAGACUCAGAGCAUGCUGGUUGUUCCUGUAGGUGAAGAGACGGAGUUCAAAGCUUACGUCUCCACUCAGUGGCCGACGUUGACUCAGGACGUGAUAGCGGAGACGUUGGGGAUCCCGUCCAACAGAGUCACCUGUCACGUCAAAAGGAUCGGCGGAGCUUUCGGUGGGAAGGUCAUUGCAGCUGCGACUCUGGCCUCCAUCGCGUCUGUGGCUGCGUGGAAGACCAAUCGUGCAGUGCGCUGCAUCCUGGAGCGAGGAGAGGACAUGCUGAUGACCGGAGGCCGUCACCCCGUCCUGGGAAAAUACAAAGUCGGUUUCAUGAAUGACGGCAGGAUCGUGGCGGCAGAUAUCCAUUACUUCGCCAAUGCUGGCUACGCUGUCGAUGAAUCUCUUCAGGUGGUGGAAAAAAUUCUGACUCACUUUGACAACGCCUACAACAUCCCCAACCUGAGAGGCCAUGGUGCCGCCUGCAGGACCAACCUGCCGUCCAACACCGCCUUCAGGGGAUUCGGCGUGCCCCAGAGCCUCGUGGUUGUGGAGAAUAUGGUCAACGAUGUGGCCAUGGUGCUGGGACGCCCUGCAGACCAGAUUCGGGAGAUCAACAUGUACAAAGGGCCGUCGGUCACCCACUACAAGUUUGAGUUCAGCCCCGAAAACAUGCUGCGCUGCUGGGAGGAAUGUAAAGCGAAGUCCGACUACAGCGCUCGCCGCAGAGCCGUCGACCAGUUUAACCAGCAGAACCGCUGGAAGAAGAGAGGGCUGUCCAUCAUUCCCAUUAAAUAUGGGAUUGCAUUUGCGGAGAGCUUCCUGAAUCAGGUCUGUGAGGCUCAGUUUGGGCCUGCUCAGCUUUUUAGUCAUUCUCUUUUGUGGCUGUUACAGCCUUUUUCAACCUCCCACUUAC